AGGCCCACACAUACAGCCUCCUCCCCCUCUGAACACACGAGAUGACCAUCGCAGGAUCCUCUGAGCUCCAUCAGAGUCACACCGCGGAUCACUGAGUGCAGGCAGGCGGUCCGACACAACCCAGCGCGCGGGUCAGAAAAGGAAGGACGAGGGUGGGGGGUUGCAAAACAUUUCGGAUUAGACGCUUCAGCUAUGAACAUCCACAACGUUAAGUAGAAGUUAACGGAGCUCUCACACCAUAAACGCGUCGAGGAUGAACGGGACUGCAGCGGCCACUGGAUCGGCUUCUUGCCGUUUCGCCCACUAUUUUGUUGUGUGUGGAGUGGACACGGAGACGGGCCUGGAGCCGGACGAUGGAGCAGGCGAGGGCUUUGAGCAGAGCCCCAUUCGACGGUCGUUCAAGUCAAAGGUUUUGGUGCACUACCCCGAAAGCACAGACAGGAACCCCUUCAAUAAAGAUGCUGUCAACAUGCUCUGCAUGCCGAGGGGUCUUUCCUUCCGCACACAAGCAGACAGGCUCGAUCCUCAGUUUCACUCAUUCACGAUGUCUUUUGAUGACGGUACACGUUCCUACGGCUUCGUCCACACCUUCUAUGAGGAGGUGACCGGUGCUCAGAUCAUCACUGCCAUGCAGACUCUCUACCAGAUGCACCAUGUGGAGCACCAUUCAGCUUCAUCUGUCUCCUCUCCCUCUUCCUCGUCUGCGUCCUCGCCCUCCACCUCCAGCAUGGACUCCCUUGUGAGCAGCUUGGAUGAGUCAGACGCUGAGUCUCUGGCGGGGGUGUCCGCCUGCUUCGGCUGCGCAGGCUCCUUCGAUCCAGCACGGGACACUCUGUACGUGUCCAAAGCCCUCUGCCUCCUUACGCCGCUUCCCUUUCUUCAAGCUGCUCGACAGUUUCUGUCUCAGCUUCACCAGGCCGUGACCUCACACACAGCCCCACCCCUCCCGAUAGAGAGCUACAUCCACAACAUCCUGUACGAGGUGCCUCUGCCUCCUCCUGGCAGGUCACUGAGGUUCCACGGGGUGCAGGGACCCAUUGUGUGCCAGCGGCCCGGGCCGGGUGAGCUUCCGCUGGGGGAGUACCCUCUUGGAGAGGCGUUCUCCCUGCUGGGUGUGGACAAUAUGGUGCAACUAAUUACCUGUGUACUUCUGGAGACACAAGUCCUGCUUUGCUCUCAAGACUACCAGCGUUUGAUGACAGUGGCAGAGGGCGUCACCACCUUGCUAUUCCCAUUCCAGUGGCAACACAUCUACCUGCCCAUUGUUUCUGCACCGCUACAUCACCUCCUUGAUGCUCCUGUGCCAUUCUUGUUGGGUAUCCAGCGCAGAGAGGGAGCUCAGCGAUCCUCCCUCCACCUGCCACAUGAGGCCAACCUCUGCUUUGUGGACAUUGACAACCGCUGUGUCGAGGUCCCCGAGGACCUCCCCGUGUUUCCAGAACAGGCCGAGCUAAUCCAGGAGCUGAGUGAGGUACUGCUGCGUUUUGGGCUCCCUCCACAGGGCGGUGUGAUCACCAAGCCCGCCACCGCCUCCCCUCGCAUGAGCAGCCUGGUGCUGGAGGAUCUAAUGGAGGACAGAAGGAACGGGAACCUCGGAGGCGAGGAGCUGGCGGUACUGGAGAGGCUGCAGGCUCUGGCGCGGAGGUGCGGAGCGGAAAAGAUGUCAGAUGGAGGGAAGACGCUGGGACACGUGUUUGAGGAAGAGGAGGAAGAGCUGAAGGCUGCGAAGCUGAACGUUCAGUUGAGGGAAGUGUUUGCUGGACGUUUUGCUGCCAUGUUUGGCAAGUAUGAGGAGUUUGUCAUCCACAGCGCUCUUGAUUUGGACUCCUGGUUGAGCAACCGAGAGGGGACGUUCAGCUUUGACAAGGGUUCCUUCCUCUCAGUUCAGCCUGCGAGCCACUUGCACUUCUUGUCCCAGUUCCUGGAGACAUCCAUGUUUUCUUCCUUCGUGGAUGGGAAGGUGAUAUCGCGCUGGGCGGAUAGAGAGCCACUGCAGCAGCUUUUUGACAGCCGUUUGGAGAGAGAACGACUGUACGACACAGACACAGAGGAUUCCCGUAACUGUCGCUACAGGAAAUGCACCACGGUCUUUGAGUCAGCUCAGGUCAUUGAGCGCAGACUGAUGAAGGCUGACCAUACAGCCAUACACCCCCACCUGCUGGACAUGAAGAUCGGCCAGGGUCGUCACCAGCCGGGCUACUUCCCUAAGCUGCAGGCGGAUGUGCUUGCACAGGGACAAAACACCAACAAGUGGUCCGGCCGUGUUACAGCAUCGCGCAGGACUGACCUCAAGAGAUCAACGGUGAUUGAACACUCAGGAGUGGACAACGAACAGAGACAGAAGCACACAUUUGCGAGGAAGAACCUCCGCCAGUCUAAGCUACUGGAUCCGUCGCUUCGAGCUGUCACUCAGACUCACCGAGAGUUUGCUGAAGGGCUGCUGAGCGAGUGUCGUCUGAAGACCAAACGGAUGUUGAUGGAGAGGAUGGGGAAGGAGAGUGUGGAACUGGGUCAGGGAGAAGCCAACAUCACAGGCCUGCAGGAAAACACGCUCAUCCACGGUCUGUGUGACCUACUGGAGAGAACCUGGGGCCAUGGUCUGCAGCUGAAACAGGGGAAGUCCGCUCUUUGGUCCCAUCUGCUUCACUACCAGGCGGCCCGGGGGAAGACGGAGACACCCGCUGAGUCUCCAGGGUCUAGCGGAUCAUUUGAUGAUGGCACUCUGCUCCUGAGAGGAUCGUUAAUACAAGAUAUGAGGUUUAUCCAGACCAUGAGUGAGGGUCUGUCUGAGGUGGGUCAGGCUCGGGCCUGGAUCCAUCUGGCUCUGGAGAAGAAAAUGCUAUCCCAGCACCUUAAAGAGCUGCUAACAAACCAGGAGCUGCUUAGGCAGCUGUAUAAACCUCAUGCAUUCCUGCUCUGUGAAGAAGAAAGGGAGCAGUUUCUGUUCCACCUGCUCUCUCUCAACACUGUGGACUACCUCUGCUUCACGCGUGUCUUCACCUCCAUCAGUAUUCCAUACCGUGUUGUUAUAAUACCAAUGAAGAAGCUGAGCAUUGCAAUGGCAACAGUUGACCCUUGGGUGUGUGUGUCAGGAGAACUGGGUGAUUCAGGAGUUAGGCAGAUCCCGAAGAAUUCACAAGAGAUCUUUUUCCAGUGCAAGAACCUGGGCAGGCUGAGCACUCUGCAGCUGGGACAGGAGAACUCCGGCUUGCUGGCUAAGUGUCUGAUUGACUGUGUGAUGGUGUAUAAUGAGAUCACAGGACACACCUACAAGUUUCCAUGCGGCCGAUGGCUGGGGAAAGGCGUGGGCGACGGCAGUUUGGAAAGAGUUCUCAUUGGUCAGCUGGUGUCACCUGGUGGAGAGGAGGAUGCUGGAAGGUGGACAGGGACGCCUCCGGAGCUGGCCUCUCCUUCUCAGAGUGUGCGGGCAGUGUUGGGGUCGCUUGGCAGCCGAAGCAGAAUGCUCUCUGUUGAAGUACAAGAGGACAUGAGGGAGGCAGCAAAUAACCUUGUUAAACACUUCCACAAACCCGAACAAGAGAGGGGCAACUUGACAGUCUUGUUAUGUGGUGAAGGAGGUCUGGUGCUUUCCUUGGAGAAGUUCCUCCUGCACGGGUUCAAAUCUAACCGUCUUUUCCAGAGGAAUGUGUUUGUUUGGGACUUUGUGGAGAAGUCAGUGGUUUCCAUGGAGACAGCUGAUCAGAUGGGUGACCUGCAUGGAUCAACAUUGACAAGGGGUCCACCUUGCGAUUUACUGUGCCACUACGUCAAUGCCAUCAAUGCCUCGCCACGAAACAUUGGAAAAGAGGGAAAGUUCCAGCUGUUGGUCUGCUUGGGAAUCCGGGACCGGCUACUCUCUCAUUGGCUCCCCCUGCUGGCAGAGUGUCACCUGACAGCGCGGACGUACGAGGAAGGUGCUCUGCUGCGGGACCGAGCUGCCGUGCACUCCCUCUCCCGCAUCCUGCACACACUCAAUGAGUUUGCCAUUACCCUGGAAACUGCACUGGUCAAAGGAGUUGACCUCUGACCGUGACAGAUAAGCCCCUUCUCUGUAACCUAACACAGGAAUGCAGAUGUGUUAAAAUAUUCAUCUUUCCAUUUGUGGGAAAAGGAAGUACAUCCAGACACUUCAAAAAUGCGACUUUAUCAUAAAAGAGGACAGUGGACUGGAUGAAGUCACUGGCAACUCGAGCUCCAAACAUAUUGCCUUGUUCCCUGAUGUAAAUGUCUUACAUACUAUACUGUAUUUGCUUCAGGAAAUAGUCAGAUUUUUCCUAUGCUUGUUGACACUGUGAAAUCCAUUUCCUCAAGGAGAAAUAGAGAGUCAUUCAUUAUCCCACAUAUUAGAUAUUUUCACAGCUCCCACCAUUAACUGUAUCUGACCCUAGGACAACUAUAAAUCUCCUACAACUGCUGUAUUGCUUGCACUUGAACUUUAAACUAAGCACAUGCAUGGCCAAAUUCUCUUUGUUUGUUUUAUGUCUUAGUGUGUUGUGAUCUGAAACUUCAGGACUCAGGCCUUAUUAUACACAUUUUUUCUUGACUUCAUUCAUUGGAUAUCUUAAUAAAUAUACUACAGAAAGA